AAGAGUUUCCUUCUUGGAAAAGGGAAUACAUUCAUUGGUUUUGUGGGAUAAUUGAUCAGAUCUCCAAGCUCUUGGGAGGACCGUCUUUAUGUAACCCUCACAUGAAAUAAGAAGGUUACAUAAGAACUCUCCUCCCCAGAUACUGUGAAACAAAGCAUAUGGCAGCCAAAGCUAUAAAAUUAUGAAACCAUAUAAAAGGAUGAGCCCAUUAAAGUGGCAAACCCUAUGAGCCAAAGUCCACUGGAUGCUUUGCGGGCUCCAAGGCACCAUGGAAGGGGAUUUCACUGGGAAAGAGACGUACCAUCUGGAUUUCGAUCCCAAAGGUUAUUUCAAUAUGUACAAGAACUUUGGCCUGGGAAUCUCUCCAGGAAAUGAUGAGAGGCUGUGCUUCAUUCUGGAGCAUCUCCACAAGACAUUUGCACACGGUGGCAUCCGAGGAGACACCCUGAUCGACAUUGGAAGUGGUCCCUCCAUCUACCAGCUCCUCUCCGCCUGUGAAUCCUUCAAGGAAAUCAUUGCCAGUGAUUUAGUUGAGAAGAACCGGGAGGAGAUGCAGAAAUGGCUGAGGAAGGAUCCGAAGGCCUUCAACUGGACCCCGAUGGUGAAAUAUGUCUGCCAGAUUGAGGGGAACAGGGAGAGGUGGAUGGAAAAGGAGGAGAAGCUCAGGAGGACCAUCAACCAAGUUCUGCCAUGUGACAUGAACCUGGCCAACCCUUUCAAUCCUUUGGUGGUCCCACCGGCUGACUGCGUCCUCUCCACUUACUGCCUGGAAGUGGCUUCCAAAGAUCUUCAUACUUACCGUUCAGGCAUAAGGAAGAUAGGUUCCUUGGUCAAAUCUGGGGGCCACCUUGUCUUAGUGAUGGCUCUUGGAGGAACCUACUACAUGGUUGGGCCACACAAGUUUUCUUGCAUUUACCUGACACCAGAGAUAGUCAAAGAGGCCAUCAAAGAAGCCGGGUUUGAUACGGUGCACUUUGACAUCCUCAACUUCAAUAUGCCAAUGACCUAUGCUAAUGGCCAGAAUGUGGGCUUCCUAGUAGCCCAAAAGCAUCAAGAAGCCUAGCUAUCCAUCAUUUCCCUAAUUGUCCUUUGAUGGAUUCCUAAGGCAGAAGCAGUAUUUUCAGUGACACUCUCAACCUGAUCCACACAAACAGUCAAAGCUUGUAAACACCAGCAACUGGGGACUACAACUUCCACAAUAUUUCUCCCUCCCAGAUGACAUGGAUAGUGGGGAUGAUGGACCUUUGUUUUGAUUUGCAUUGUAAAUCCACAAAAGCUUUACAUCAAGUCUUUUUGUUAGUUGCCACUUUGUAGUUUUUGCUUCCCUGAUUCAUUACUAUUAAAGGCGAACCAUUGUUUUUUGUUCGUUGCAGACAACAUGGCUAGCAUUGUUUCAGGUUCUGUCCCACAUUCCCCCAUUCAUUCCUUGCAGUGAGACCUGGCUGGAAAAGGAGGAGAAGCUCAGAAGCAUCAUCAAGCAAGUCCUGAAAUUCGACGUGACUUUGGCCAACCCUUUCGAUCCUUUGGUGGUCCCUCCAGCUGAUUGCGUCCUCUCCACUUGUUUCCUGGAAGCAGCUUCCAAAGAUGUUCCUGCUUAUCGCUCAGCCCUGAAGAACUUCGCUUCCAUGGUCAAACCUGGAGGCCAUUGUAAUACCAAUGGGAGCCACCUACUACAUGGCUGGGCAAAGCAAGUUCACCAACCUUUGCUUGACUCCAGAGAUGGCCAAAGUGGCUGUGAAAGAGGCUGGUUUUGAUAUUGUACGCUUUGAGAACCUCAACGUGGAUUUUCCAGUGGCGCUGAGCGAUGGUAGCUCAAAAGUUCAACAAAGCCUAGGUGGAAAAGUAAAGGAGUGAUCCUUUGAGGGAUUCCUGAAAGGACAAGACAUGUUCUCACACUUCAAGGUGGUGACAGCUAAAUCUGACCCACACAAUUGGAGAAAGUUUGUAAAUGUCAGCUUUUGGGGAACACUGCUCCCAGAAUCCUGGAAAGUUGGGAUUCUGGUCCUUUAUUUUGAUUGGAUUUAUAUCCCUUCUUUUCCCCAAAUGGGACCCAAAGUGGCUUGCAAUACAAAUUAAGAUUGAGGUCCACAAAGGUGUUACACCGAAUCAUUUUUAUUCAUUUCCCCUUCAUGAUUUUUGCUGCCCUGAAGGCUAACUCGUCUCUGUUCCCAAUCCAUUCAUAUUAAGGGCUAACCAGUUCUAUUUCUCAAAAAGCAUGGGUUAUUUUGCACUUAUCAGGCAACGAGGCUCAUAUUUCACUAAUAUAAGGUUGCUUAAAACACUCCUUUUAAAAAAACAACUCAAAAGAGUGACUGAGGAUGCAACAAGAGAUGGAAACCUGGCGUUGGGAGGCUCACCUUGCAUUCUUGGUUUCCAUCUUUGCUUGGUGGUACCUUUGGUCAUCCAAGAACAAGGAGCAGUUGGUGUUCUGAGGUUUUUCCAAUAGGAAUAUUUGGCAUCAGCAUGAAGCAAAGCACAACAUUGCAAGUACAAUAUGUGCUUGCAGUAGAAAACCAGGUUAAAAAAGAGGAAAAUUGUCAUUGACCUUUUGCUAUAAUUGGAUCCUAUGCUUAGGCCAUGCCAGGUUUUUAUGUCUGUUAUGUUAUUCCACUUAUGCUUCUGAGAUACAUACUGUACGUGUGUAUUCCAUGUUGGCUGAUACAGUAGAGUCUCGCUCAUUCAAAAUAAACUCACUGGCAGAACGUUGCAUAAGUGAAAAUGUUGGAUAAUAAGGAGUGAUUAAGGAUCCGCCUAUUAAAUGUCAAAUUAUGUUAUGAUUUUACAAAUUAAGCACCAAAACAUCAUGUUUUGCAACAAAUCAACAGAAAAAGCAGCUCAAUACACAAUAACGUUAUGUAAUAAUUACUGUAUUUACGAAUUUAGCACCCAAACAGACAAGGGUUAUUUCUUUCUCCCACCCUGGACAUUAUUCUGGGUGGGAGGCAGACCGUGCUUGAUAAUACAGAACGUUGGAUGAGCAAAGGUUGGAUAAGCGAGACUCUACUGUAUAGAGAUAUUGCACAUGCAGUGGCAUAGUAUUAUAUUCAAAUGCAUGUGUAAGUUUAUUAGGGUUCUGCUUGUUGUAUUAGUCAAUAGGGAAAUAUAUAAUGGGAGUUAGGGUCGACAAGGAAGCUCCUUGUUAGAAGGUUAUUGCCCAGCAGAGGGUAGUACAACUUGCCUUAGAGAUGCCAUGUUUUGAUCCACCCAAGAUCUUUCUCAUUGGUAGAACUCUGGGAAUGAGAUAAUGUUUGGAUUGGAAUACAAAGAGAAGAAAAGUCUACAAAAAAUACAGUGUAUAUUACAGUUUGACAAAUGGUGAAACAGCCCGCAAAACAUGCAAACUAUAAAAGAUGCAAUGUUUAGAAGGUGGCCAGUUCUGACAAUCACCACAACGUAGUAGCGAUUUCCUGUUCUUUUUCAAUAAAGCUUACCUCCAA